GUUUAGUGCCUAGGUGUGGAGUGGAGCUCCUUGUUCGUGUGUCCAUUUGAAGAAACUUGAAUUCUCCAGGAUUCCUCCACAGAGUGGACCAAAUGAGCUCAGAGGUUCCCAGUGGUCAGUUUGCCCAGCAGUAUCAAACAUACCUGGACUCCAUGUUUAUGCUGCUCGAGGACAAAAUCAUCACUUUUGUAAUGGAUGAACUGAGGAAGAUUCAGAAGGUUUUGAGUCCAGAUUACACAAAAUGUUCAGAAAGUCAGAGGGAGGAUGUGGAUGAAGAACAAUGGAGGACCAUCAGAGAGGCAUUUGCAAAGAUUGCAGUGCACUUCCUGAGGAGAAUGAAACAGGAAGAGCUGGCUGACCGGCUGCAGAGCAACCUUCCAGCUGCAGUUUGUCAGCGUGAACUUAAAUCUAACCUGAAGAAGAAGUUUCAGUGUGUGUUUGAGGGGAUCACUAAAGCAGGAAACCCAACCCUUCUGAAUCAGAUCUACACAAAGCUCUACGUCACAGAGGGAGGGACUGCAGAGGUCAAUGAUGAACAUGAGGUCAGACAGAUUGAAAAAAGUGCUGUGAAGAAGACCUUACGCACCCCAAAUGGACACCUUGACUUGUUCCUCCGCUUCCUCCUGGGUCUUUUACUGGAGACCAAUCAGAAUCUCCUACAAGAGGAGGCUCUUAUGAGGCUGCUGCCAGUUGUCAAAGCCUCCAACAAAGCUCUACUGAGUGACUGCAAUCUCUCAGAGAAAAGCUGUGAAACUCUGUCCUCAGUUCUCAGCUCCCAGUCCUCUAGUCUGAGAGAACUAGACCUGAGUAAUAACAACCUGAAGGACUCAGGAGUCGACCAUCUAUCUGCUGGAUUGGGGAGUCCAAAAUGUAAACUGGAAAUUCUUAGACUGUGUGGCUGUAACCUCUCUAACAAAAACUGUAAAGGUCUGUCCUCAGUUCUCAGGUCCCAGUCCUCUAGUCUGAGAGAACUGGACCUGAGUAACAACAACCUGCUGGACACAGGAGUGAAGCUUCUGUUUGCUGCAGUGGAGAGUCCAGACUGUAAACUGGAAAUUAUCAGGGUGGAGCCUGCUGGAGUCCGAUGGUUGAGACCAGGUCUGAGAAAGUAUUCCUCCGGCGAAUUAGAAGUCCGGACGACCGGCUGUGGGGUGGCGCGCCGGCGGCGCGAUCGGCGUCUCCCCCCCGCAGACGGCUCCGACGAGCCGGGCAAGAACACAUCCGGCGAGUCGGGCAGCGAGGCAGGAGUGGCGGAGAGAAGGUGUGGUGUGAGGUGGAGAAAGGCCUGCAUGGUCGGGAAAGAGACCCCAGUAGCCAUGGCAGGCCGGAAAAAACCGUUGUAG